UUUCCAUCUCUUGCAAUUAACAUUGGUGAUAUGGAUCCAAAAAAACCCACUAGUUCCCUUUUGGGGAAGAGAAAAAGAGAAUCAGAGACAGCAGCUUUGAAUGCCAUUGAAAAAGCCCCUGGCACUUCAUCUAAUUCUAGCUCAGUUGGAGCUCCAGUUGCAGCUCCAGUUGGAGCAAACUCUGGCAUUGUACCUGGACAAUCAGCCAGUACAAACUUGGCCAGCAGUUCCACUACAGGUCCAAUUACCACCUCUUCUGCUGAAGACCAGACUAGCAGUAAUAAAUCUCAAAGAAUUGAUAAAGAUAAUAAGACCAGUUCCACAGUCCCUUAUAUCAUAUCAUGGUCCCCAGUAUCACAACAAAAAGCCACAGCGCAAAAGGUGAAAAGAAAAUAUAAAAAGAUAAAAAGACGCACUCGGCACAAGCAAAGCAUUGCUAGGACCCAGGAGCAAGGGGCUCAAAGUACCAGCUCCACAGUGAGAAAAAGAACUGCUUCUUCUUCCAGUGACGAUGAGCCAACAAAUAAGAAAAAACAUAGAGGCAUAGAGAAAAAGGCUAUAAAGAAGCGUAGAAAGAGAAGCAAAAAAACUAAAAAACCUACAAGGCAUAGGAAAAUCUCACAGCCCAGUACAUCUACUCAGCAACAGUCUGAUUUAGAAGCGUUACUGGAUGCGUUUGCCAAAGCUUUUGUAAUAUCUACAAGUGCAGCAAAUACUAGUGUUGUCACUAGUCAAACAUCUGCCCCACCAACAAUGACUGUAGCCAAAGAUACUAACGCUAUACCAAGUACUAGCAGUGCAGCAAACACUAGUGUUGUCACUAGUCAAACAUCUGCCCCACCAACAAUAAUUGUAGCCAAAGAUACUAACGCUAUACCAAGUACUAGCUCUUUGGUGAUGAAGAAAGGUGGAUUUGAACAGCACAAUGCAAAUAACACUGGGAACGUUGUGGAAUCUUCAAAAUAA